UCCGGACAUGGCGCGCCAUAUUGCUGAACCCCGCGAACUCAAACUGCGUUGUGUCCGUAGAGAUCGUGGAAAGGCUUACGUUAAAAUUCAUCUUUAUCAUCCAUUGUUCUAGAGAAAUCUGAGAAGAAAAUGUGGAACAACCAAGGAGGUGGUUUCUCAGACCAAGGUCAGAGCAGUCAGGGCGGUGGUUACUAUCAAUCACAAGGAGGUAAUGCAGGACAGUUGAGUUCACCAUCUACUGGCGGAGGAACUAAGGGUAAAAGAGUUCAGAAUCUCAUUCCUUGUACCAUCGCACAAAUCCUUCAAGCAACACAGAUUGAUGAUCACUUCAAAAUCGGAGAGGUGGAGAUAUAUCAGGUGUCAGUCGUUGGGCUAAUUCGAAGUGUGGAGAUGGCGGCAACCAACAUACUUUACAAAGUAGACGAUAGGACAGGUCCCGUAUUGGACGUCAGACAAUGGGUAGAAAGUGAUGAAAACGCAGAAGAACAGGUUCAGCCGAAUGUACUCGGUGAGAACACCUACGUCAAAGUAAUUGGAAACAUCCGGACGUUCGGCGGGAAGAGGAGCAUCGCACCGUUCAAGAUCAAACCAAUCACAGACAUGAAUGAUCUGACACUACACAUGCUGGAGACGGUUCACACACACAUGCUUCUGACUAAGAGGAAACACUCGCAGGCGAACGGUGAUUUUGGAGGCAGUAUGACACCGGCAAAGGGCGGAAUGGGAAGCACCUCUGGUUACAUUUCUGCCGCUCCAUCGAAUGGACUUAACGACACACAAUCACAGGUUCAUAAACUCAUCACAGAAUGUAACGACGACCAAGGAGUAAGCGUCAACUACCUAGCGUCCAGCAUGAAGCGAGUUUCUCAAGAUAAAAUCAGAGAAGCACUCGAGUUUCUUAGCAACGAGGGACAUAUUUACUCAACGAUAGAUGAUGAUCACUAUAAGUCAACGGACAGCUAAAUAUCUGAGUGAGCAAUACGUGAUGAACCUUGAUGAUCGGGUUGGGGAGGGGAAAAAUCUUAG